AUUAGGGCUGCUCUCAGUUUUCACUUUCUCACGCACCCUCGACGCCUCCAAACUCCAAAUCGAACCCUAAACUCCAAACCGAAGCCGACCAAAAAAAACCGUAGAUCUGCAACAGCGCCGGUGAAAUUGGAUUCGAGUGUUGGUGUUGAAAGAGGGAACGGCUAUUGGGCUUGACGAAUAAGCAUGGAAAUCGAGAAGAUUGAUAGAAAAAGGCGAGAUCGUGUAGGGCGUCCAUCGGAAGACUGCAGAUCUGCCAUAGCCCCCUUCAGUUUCUAUCCGAUUGUUUGUGUAGCAGACUAGGAGGCAAGGUGACGAUGGCAAUAAGCUAUUGUGGCUGGAUAGGGUGACCGGAAGGGUGUGCACGUCGAUUUCUGCAAAGGCCAUGGCUAUAACAGGGAUUGAGAAGAAUUGGGGGAUGACAGAGUUCAGGCAUAUGCAUUAAAUGGAAGAGGAUUAGUUGGGGGAAGUUUCCAACUUGAUUACCCUAGCGUUGGGGCAACAUAAAUCCUUCUAAUGGCUGCAUGUAUGGCUGAUGGAACAACUAUACUGUCCAAUGUUGCCAGAGAACCAGAGGUGGUUGAUCUUGCUCGAUUUCUGACUAAAAAUGGGGCCUGUGUGGAAGGAGCAGGAAGCAACAAGCUUGUCAUCAAGGGAAAAUCUUAUUUGCAUGGUUGUAAAUGUACUAUUGCACCUGAUCGUAUUGAAGCAGGCACAUUUAUGCUUGCUGCAGCUAUUACUCGCUCAUUCAUUUCAAUUUCACCAGUCAUUCCUUCCCAAGUUUCCGGUCUGAUGCAAAAACUCUUGGCCGCUGGUUGCAAAAUAAGGCAAUGCUCUCAUGAUACCUUGGAAGUUUCAGCAGUGUCUCAAUGUGGUGAAAAUUUGCGAGGUUUUGAGGUUAAGACAGGGCCAUUUCCCGGGUUUCCUACAGAUCUUCAACUGCAAACAAUGGCACUGCUAACCACUUGGUUUAAGUCCUGUAGAAGUCUAUUUGAAAAGCGCAUGGCUCAUGUAAACGAACUGCAGAAGCUUGGAGCAAAAAUUCAAGUCUGUGCAAGCUCUGCUCUGGUUUCAGGAAAGAUAAUAGAAAUGGUUUGUCUGGUUCCUGCCUUGCUGCAACUGACCUCAGAGGUGGGAUAUCAUUGGUAUUAGCUGCAUUGGCUGCAGAAGGUACUACUGAGAUCAGCGGUGUUGCUCAUAUUGUGGUUAUGAGAAUGUAGAUACAAAACUUCAUAUGCUGGGAGCCGAUAUCAAAAGAUUAACGGCCCCUGCUUCUUCCUAGUGGAACAAGUUCAUAAUUCUUCCCAUUAUAAUUUGUUAUCUUUCUGGACUACUGGACCCAUUGUGACUGACGAGGAUUUUGACAAAACUACUCUUUCGCUUGCUAAAUAUCGUGUUUCAAAGCGAAGCUAAGAAUGGGUUGUGAGACAGGUGACGGGGUUAUACACAUCAGAGCGAAGAAGAAUCUAAGAUGGUUAUAGUAGUAGUGUCACAGGUUAAAGGUCCUCAGUUUCUUCUCAGCUGUACAGUGGAAACCCCCGAACCUACAUCAUUGAUCAUUCAAGGCUUCAUCACCCUUCUCCAUAUAAGCCCAUUCACAAGAUUGAUCUCAAGUUCAGCUAUUGACAAGGCUGUGUUUUUGGGAGAUAUAGGUGCCUGCACAUCGUUGAUCUAUUUUCUUUGUUGCUUUUCAAACACUAGAAAUGGUACCUGUGUGAUGCCGCGGGGGUUUGUUAUUAUUAACCAGUUUGUGGACUAUGAUCAAUUUGCACAAAUAAAAAGGCGAUUUGCAUUUUGUUA